GCCCCGGCGGCACCCCUGGGAGGGCAGCCGAGGAAGCUCCCGGAGACGGCGGCGGCGGCGGCGGCGGAGGAGGCGUGAGGCUGCGGCGGCCGCGGGACCCGAUCGGCCUCUCCGCCCCCUCCCAGCCUUUCUUUCGCUCUUUUCGCUCCUACUCCCGGCCGGCGCCUCUGCUUUGUGCGCGGAGAUGGUGUAGCCCCCUGGCCGCCCCCAGGAGCCGCCGGCCGCUUGUCUCCCGUCUCCCAGCUGCGUCCCCGCCCCUGGAGGACGGACCCCCUGGACUCGGCGCCUCCCGCGUCUCCCGGCUGCUGGGGAAGCCUCGGCGCCGCCGGCACCAUGAGUGAACAGAGUAUCUGCCAGGCAAGAGCUGCUGUGAUGGUUUAUGAUGAUGCCAAUAAGAAGUGGGUGCCAGCUGGUGGCUCAACUGGGUUCAGCAGAGUUCAUAUCUAUCACCACACAGGCAACAACACGUUUCGAGUGGUGGGCAGGAAGAUUCAGGACCAUCAGGUCGUGAUAAAUUGUGCCAUUCCUAAAGGGUUGAAGUACAAUCAAGCUACGCAGACCUUCCACCAGUGGCGAGAUGCUAGACAGGUGUAUGGUCUCAACUUUGGCAGCAAAGAGGAUGCCAAUGUCUUUGCAAGUGCCAUGAUGCAUGCCUUAGAAGUGUUGAAUUCCCAGGAAACAGCCCAGAGCAAGGUUACUGCCACGCAGGACAGCACUAAUUUGCGAUGUAUUUUCUGUGUGUUCUAUUUAGGGCCAACAUUGCCUAGACAAAAUUCACAACUACCUGCCCAAGUUCAAAAUGGCCCAUCACAAGAAGAAUUGGAAAUUCAAAGAAGGCAACUUCAGGAACAGCAGCGACAGAAGGAGCUGGAGCGGGAACGGCUGGAGAGAGAAAGGAUGGAAAGGGAGAGAUUGGAGAGGGAGAGGUUAGACAGGGAACGCCUGGAGAGGGAGCGCCUAGAACAGGAGCAGCUGGAGAGAGACAGACAAGAACGGGACCGGCAGGACCGCCUGGAGCGGGAGAGACAAGAGCGGGAGAGAUUGGAGAGGCUGGACCGAGAAAGGCAAGAGAGAGAGCGGCAGGAACAGUUAGAAAGGGAGCAGUUGGAAUGGGAGCGAGAGCGGAGGAUACCAAGCACCGCUGCCCCUGCCUCUGUGGAGACUCCUCUAAACUCUGUGCUGGGGGACUCCUCUGCUUCUGAGCCAGGCUUGCAGGCAGCCUCUCAGCCGGCCGAGACUCCAGCCCAACCGGGCAUUGUCUUGGGACCACCUGCACCCCCACCCCCUCCUCCACUCCCUCCAGGUCCUGCCCAGGCUUCAGUGGCUCUUCCUCCUCCCCCAGGACCCCCUCCUCCCCCUCCACUUCCGUCCUCUGGAUUUUUUGCGGGAUCCGUGUCAGAAGACAAUCGCCCUUUAACUGGACUGGCAGCUGCAAUUGCUGGCGCAAAACUUAGGAAAGUGUCACGGAUGGAGGAUGCCUCGUUCCCAAGUGGGGGGAAUUCUGCAUCGUCCAAAACAGACACGGGUCGUGGAAAUGGACCCCUUCCUUUAGGGGGCAGUGGUUUGAUGGAAGAAAUGAGUGCCCUGCUGGCCAGGAGGAGAAGAAUUGCUGAAAAGGGAUCAACAAUAGAAACAGAACAAAAAGAGGACAAAAAUGAAGACUCAGAGCCUGUAACUGCUAAGGCCUCUUCAACAAGUACACCUGAACCAACAAGAAAACCUUGGGAAAGAACAAAUACAAUGAAUGGCAGCAAGUCACCUGUUAUCUCCAGACGGGAUUCUCCAAGGAAAAAUCAGAUUGUUUUUGACAACAGGUCCUAUGAUUCAUUACACAGACCAAAAUCUGCACCUUCAUCCCAGCCCAGUGCCAACGGAGUCCAGACAGAGGGCCUGGACUACGACAGACUGAAGCAGGACAUUUUAGAUGAAAUGAGAAAAGAAUUAACAAAGCUAAAAGAAGAGCUCAUUGAUGCAAUCAGGCAGGAACUGAGCAAGUCAAAUACCGCCUAGAGAAACAAACUAAGGAGAGAUAGGACUUUAAUCUGGAGAAAGAAAAAAACAAAAACAACCUACAAACAACAACUGUUAACAACAACAAACCCCUACAUUUUGUGAGCUGUGAGAAGAAGAUGGAGACAAACAGUUGGAAGGCGGGAAAAACCAACAUACUUUGAAAGCCUUCAGACAUUAUUACUCUGGCGAUAAGCUAUUUCCCUCCCAGUUUGCUGCUUUUUUUUCUGACCUUUACAACAGGAUGCAAGAGAGUUCUAUAAGAGUUCCUCUAACAGUUAUGCAGAAAAUACUAAGCCCAUCAGGCAAGAUCACCGCGCAUUGAAAUAUUUUCACGUCAAGAUAAAAUCGCUCAUUUCCCACAACCCAUUGCUAAAAUAAAGAGGAGAAAGGCUUAAAAAGUUUUUUUUCAGAGUGCUGAUGAAGAAUUCAGCAGGUUAUGCUAUUGUAUUGUAAAUGUUUCUCUCAGGUUUGUCUUCCUAUCAUAUUAUUCCAUGAAUAUUGAGAUCAGCCCUGUGUAGGUUAAGAUCAUCAAAUAUGGAACAAAUGGAAAUUGUAUGUGCUUUCAAAGGGUGAUAUUUAUAAGAAAGUGUCCUAAAAAUGACUUGUCCAGCUUGAAGAAUUUUAGAAUGAUAGGAAGCCUCUUGAAUUAGCCUUCAUGCAAUUUUGUAGAUGAAAACAUAAAAUUCGUCCAGAAUUUAAAGAUUUAGAUGCCUUCCUAAAUUGUUACAAUGCUUUACCAAAUCUAUGACUCCUACAUAACACAAACCAGUGGUCAAAUGUAAAACAAUAUAUUGUAGAUUUACUGUAGGUUUUCAACCUUUUUUAGAUUUAUGCAUGUGGACAUUUUUAUAAUGUAAUUACAACCACCACAAAAUUAGCUUUUUUAAUUGCAGACAGUAAUGCAUGUCACAUAAUACGUAGUGGCCUUUUCAAGGCCUAGUCCCAGGGAACACAUUUUGUAACGUAUAGGGGAGUGGGAGGAAGGGAAGGAAUAAUUUUUUAUUUAAAGUUAAUUUCUGCACUAUAAUUUUUCUCAAUUACCUGCAUGAAAAAAUAAUGAGGACUAUUUUGUGACUUUCAUUGGUAAAUAUGUUCACAGAACCAAGUACUUAAUCUUUACAUCAUGUCUUCAGCUAUUUGUAUUUGAACUUCAGCAGUUUCAAUGGCCUGAAACAUGAUUCGGAGUUUCACAUGAAUUGUAUCUUCCUGUGGAACUCAAAUGUUUGCUCCCUCACUUUAGCAGUUAGGAUUACCUAGGUGCCCUGGGGUUACGCAGGGUUCAGGUAACACGCUCCUGACUACGAAGCUGCUUUUGAAUUUUGUUAUGUUGAAUUACAAGAAGUGACAAUGAUGGCAGCAGUUUAGGUCACAGAAAUAGUUAGGUAAGGGGACACCCAUGAGGAGUUCUGUAAGUUUUCUUUUUAAUAAAUAAAGAGAGACUUAGGUGGUGGGAACAAGGAAUUAGAUACUCUACUUACCGCUGUGUGUGUGCAUGCGUGUUUGUGCACGCACACACGUGUGUAUGUAAUCCACUCCUUUUGAAAUUUAUAACAUUAAAAUAGGGGAGAGACCCUAUAUGUUGCAAUGAUAGUUUUUUGUUUUUUUUUAAUUUAGGAAAUCAGAAAUUCUCCAGGGUCUCCAUCUUGAUUUAUGCUUAAGUUGUUAACGUGCCAUAAUUGCUUUGAAACCUUUGAUUUUUCAGAAGUUUUACUAAAAAUUUUGAAGAAAUAAUCCAUUUUCAUCUGCUUUCUAGAUUUCUUACAUUUCAGUUCAUAAAGAAAAAGCUUGUUGAUAGCAUAGUUUUCUAAAUGCUGCAGAUUUGCAGCCAUUAUCACUUCAAAGAGGUUUGAAUGAGGGAAUUUUUUUUCCUUGUUAAAAUAGUUCCUGUUUCUGUAGAAACUUCAUUUUUUGGAUUAAUCUGUGAUGGAUGAGCUAUCAUAAUUCAAGUAUACAGUUCUUUUUUUCUAUCAACUGUUCCUUGUCAUGCAAAGUAGUAAAGGCAUUAAAGAUGCAACAAGCUUAUAAAGUACUGUUUUCUAAAAGAAAUAGGCAUUUUCAUCUUUAUUAUUGUACUUUUGGUUAUGUGAACACUUUGAUGAUAUGAACGUUUAUGUCCCCUAUAAAUCUGGUCAGAAAUAACUUUUUGAUUUUGUUGGUUACGUUAAAUAGUCUAUGGUAGGAUAGAGUACUCUGGGUAGCAGUGGUCCACAGUGAGAUAAAAGACUACAAUAAAAUGCUAGAUCUUAAAAAAGAAACUGGUUUAUGCACUAAACGUUUUGUGCCUUGGUCUAAUCUUAACAUGAUGUCUGUAAAAAUGACAAAAAGAACCAGUGUUGAAUCAUGUUCUAGUUUCCAUCAUUUUGCAUUAUCCCAGAUUGCUAAAUGUGUUCUUUCCAAGAAGUUUGAUUGAAUUACUGUAUACAUUUACUGUCCCACGUGACAGUUUUGUCAUUGUCAGAGAUUUCAGUAAUUAAAGUGGGAAACAGAAGCUUAAGUUAUUUUCCUUAUCAAAACCAUGUUGGAACCACGUUCUUCUGAUGGUUUUCGUGCUCUUGUAACAUUGGAUGUCUUAAGCAGUUUAGGGGACCCUUUCUAAUUACAGGAAGGUACUUCUUUCCUCAACACUGUGAUAUGACCUGUGACAAAUCUGUACUAUACACUAUGUAAAUGGCUAACAAGUCAAUUGCAAACCAACUGAAUGUACAAAUCUUAGUGCUGGUGCUGAAAUCUCUUCAGAAUAGUCAUCCUGAUUUCAAAGUUUGUUUCGAAAUUUGCAAGCAUCAAGUGUCAAUCAAAACUGAAGAUGAAACUAAUGAAUGUCGAAUUCUCAUGCUUGAGGUGUACUCCCUUUUUAGAGUUUUCGGUUCUCUGCUAUUUUUACCGUACUGUUUCAUUUAAAUUUCCUACAUGCUAACUUCGCUUGUGCGAUUGAAAUAAAAUUGCAGUACAUACAU